AUGGCUGGGGAACAAUUACAAGUGCUCAAUGCACUUGAUGUGGCCAAAACACAAUGGUACCAUUUCACAGCAAUAGUGAUUGCUGGCAUGGGUUUUUUCACUGAUGCAUAUGAUCUUUUUUGCAUCUCCCUUGUCACCAAAUUGCUGGGUCGGAUAUAUUACUACCAGCCAGGUUCUGAUACUCCUGGAGCUUUACCUUCAAAUGUGUCAUCAGCUGUUAAUGGUGUUGCAUUCUGCGGCACCCUUUCUGGUCAGCUCUUCUUUGGCUGGCUUGGUGACAAAAUGGGCAGAAAACGUGUCUAUGGUAUGACAUUGAUGAUCAUGGUCAUUUGCUCCAUUGGUUCAGGCCUCUCUUUUGGCAAAAACCCUGCUGCUGUUAUGUCUACUCUUUGCUUCUUUCGCUUCUGGCUUGGAUUUGGCAUUGGGGGUGACUACCCACUUUCUGCUACAAUCAUGUCUGAGUAUGCUAAUAAAAAGACUCGCGGUGCUUUUAUUGCUGCUGUUUUUGCCAUGCAAGGUUUUGGAAUCUUGGCUGGUGGGAUGGUUGCUAUUAUAAUUUCUGCUGUUUUUAAGACCCAGUUUCCUGCCCCAGCUUUUGAAGUUGAUCCAGCUGGCUCGACUGUGCCUGAAGCUGAUCAUGCUUGGAGGAUUAUUGUGAUGUUUGGUGCAAUUCCAGCUGCACUUACCUAUUACUGGCGAAUGAAGAUGCCUGAAACUGCACGUUACACUGCCUUGGUCGCAAAAAAUGCUGAACAGGCUGCAUCUGACAUGUCAAAAGUGCUUGAGGUUGAGUUGCAGUCAGAACAAGAGAAAAUUGAGCAGGUGUCAGGUGAUAAAGGGAAUGAUUUUGGUCUGUUCUCUUCACAAUUUGUUCUUCGGCAUGGACUCCACUUGCUUGGAACCACUACCACUUGGUUCUUGUUGGACAUUGCAUUCUACAGCCAGAAUCUGUUUCAAAAGGACAUUUUCAGUGCUAUUGGGUGGAUUCCUAAGGCCAAAACUAUGAAUGCCCUUGAAGAGGUCUUUAGAAUUGCUAGAGCACAAACUCUAAUUGCUCUUUGCAGCACGGUUCCAGGUUAUUGGUUUACUGUUGCCCUUAUUGACAAGAUUGGUAGGUUUACCAUUCAAUUGAUGGGGUUCUUCUUCAUGACAGUAUUCAUGUUUGCCUUGGCCAUACCUUACAAUCACUGGACUCUACCAGACCACCGAAUUGGCUUUGUUGUGAUGUAUUCACUCACUUUCUUCUUUGCCAAUUUUGGUCCCAAUGCCACCACAUUUGUUGUCCCUGCGGAGAUUUUCCCAGCGAGAUUCAGGUCUACUUGUCAUGGUAUAUCAGCUGCAUCUGGCAAAGCAGGGGCAAUUGUGGGUGCAUUCGGGUUCUUGUACGCUACAGAUAGUAUCGGAGUGAGGAAGACUCUUUUAAUUCUUGGUGUAGUAAAUUUCCUGGGAAUGAUGUUUACUUUCUUGGUACCUGAGUCGAAGGGAAAAUCACUUGAGGAAAUGUCUGGUGAAGGUGCGCAAGAAAAUGGAUCCCCAGCUGAGUCUAGGCAAACUGUUCCAGUUUAG